UUCAGAUCUCAUCGAUUUCUUGUCGUUUCAUCGGAUUCGUCAGAUCUCAUCGUUUUCUCGUCGUUUCAUCGGUCCCAGAUCAAAUCUAGCAUCGUUUUUGUUUGCAGGGAUCUGCUAAUUGGUAGGCUAUCUUCAAGCAAACAUGCAUGGUUAUGAGCAUGACCUUGAUGAGGAAGCUGGGUAUGAUGACUAUUACAGCGAUGAUGAGGAUGAAUAUGAGGAUGAGGAUGAGGAAGAGGAAGAAGAAAGACAACCUCCUAAGGAAGAAUUAGAAUAUCUAGAAUUGCGCCAAAAGUUGAAGGAAUCAAUUAGGAAGAACAUGGGAAAAGGAAGUGCUAAUGCUCAAUCUUCACAAGAGAGAAGAAGAAAACUUCCUUACAACGACUUUGGUUCCUUCUUUGGUCCUUCACGGCCUGUUAUUUCCUCAAGGGUUAUACAAGAAAGCAAAUCCUUGCUAGAAAAUGAGAUACGGACAGCUAAAAUGUCGAAUUCGAGCCAAACUAAGAAAAGACCUGUUUCGACAAGCGGUUCAGGAAGUAAGAAUGUGUCGCAAGAGAAGAGGCCUAGAGUUGUGAAUGAGGUGAGAAGGAAAGUUGAGACUCUUAAGGAUACAAGAGACUAUUCGUUUUUGUUUUCCGAUGACGCGGAACUUCCUGUUCCGAAGAAGGAACCUUUGUCUCGAAGUGGGUCCUUUCCCAAUUCUGAGGCUCGAUCUGCUCAAUUAUCAGCGAGGCCCAAACAAUCAUCAGGUAUCAAUGGUAGAACUGCUCACAGUCCCCAUCGUGAGGAGAAGAGACCUGUUUCAGCGAAUGGGCAUUCAAGACCGUCAUCCUCUGGCAGUCAUAUGAAUCAGUCAAGAACGUCUUCCUCUGGCAGUAAAAUGAAUCAUUUAAGACCAGCUACCUCGGGCAGCCAAAUGCAAAAUUCAAGACCGGCUUCCUCUGGCAGCCAAAUGCAGUCGAGAGCUGUCUCAGGGAGACCUGCUUCCUUAGGCAGCCAAAUGCAAAAUUCAAGACCGGCUUCCGCUGGUAGCCAAAUGCAACAAAGGACUGCGUCCUCAGGUAGUCAAAGACCGGGUUCCUCGACAAACCGUCAAGCACCCAUGAGGCCACCAGGUUCAGGUUCCACAAUGAAUGGUCAAUCAGCCAACCGGAAUGGGCAACCGAAUUCCAGAUCAGAUUCCCAAAGAUCAGCUCUUGCGAAAGUGCCAGUGGAUCAUAGGAAACAGAUGAGCAGUAGCAAUGGAGUUGGUCCUGGUCGGUCAGCGUCGACGGCACGACCUUUGCCUUCUAAGACUUCAUUGGAAAGAAAACCCUCCAUCUCGGGAGGAAAGAGUUCUCUUCAAAGUGCUCAGAGACCAUCCUCAUCAAGACCAAUGUCAUCUGAUCCUAGGCAACGGGUAGUAGAACAGAGAAAGGUUUCCCGUGACAUGGCCACACCCCGAAUGAUACAAAAACAAUCAGUGCCUACCUCGAAACAUCAGAUGAUGAGUAAACCAGCGCCCAAGAGACCUCCCUCGCGUGAUAUAGAUCAUGAUAGGAGGCUGCUGAAGAAGAGGAAGCCUGCAAGAAGGUCAGAGGACGAAGAAGCUUUCGACAUGCUUAGACAGUUGUUACCAUCCAAGAGUUAUUCUCGGUAUGACGAUGAUGAUAUAAACAUGGAAGCAGGCUUUGAAGAUAUCCAAAAGGAAGAGAGACGAAGUGCAAGAAUCGCAAGGGAGGAAGAUGAAAGAGAACUUAAGCUCUUAGAGGAAGAAGAAAGGAGAGAAAGACUGAGAAAGAAUCGGAAGCUGAGCCAUUAAAAAAGUUAGACUUUUGCUCUGUCUUCUUUUAGGACUUCAAAUAUUUUUCAGUGUUUUCGCAUUACAAUCUCUUUGGCCGCUUGAGGCAAAAAAGAGUUUGACCUUUUUUUUUUGUUUUGUGUUUUCAAAUUAAGGAUCUUUUGUUCUUGAAAUUAGUAGUAACUUUAUUGGGGGAUUAGCCAAAAAUCAAUAACAUGUUGAAAUUGUACAA